GAGGAGGAGGAGGAGGAAACAGAAGAGGAGGAGGAGGAAAAGUAAAAAGAAGGAGGACGAUGGACACGGUUAAUGACGACGGUGUCACAGCCAGCCACUAGGUCAGGUUCACGGGAGCUACCGGCGUAAACACGCAGAGGGCAUAAUAGAGGCAGAGUAGGAGUCUCCUGGAGGACGCUUCACUGUCUCCUCCUUCUUCUUCUUCUUCUUCUUCUUCUUCUUCUCGGCUCUCCUUGUUGCUGUCGCUCUCCGGGAGGAGGACGGGCGAGGAGGAUACUAUGGCUGCACUUUCCCCACAGAUCCGAGGACUUCAGAUAGAUGAGGAAGAAUCCAGAGUCCUAAAAGUGAAAGUCGUUGCUGGAAUUGGGCUGGCCAAAAAAGAUAUACUUGGAGCCAGCGAUCCAUACACAAGACUUUCCCUCUAUGACCCUAUCAACGGAGAAAUCACAAGUCUUCAGACUAAAACAAAAAAAAAGACACUGGACCCGAAAUGGAACGAAGAAUUCUUUUUCAAAGUUGAUCCCCAGAAGCAUCGCCUGCUCUUGGAGGUGUUUGAUGAGAACCGCCUGACACGUGAUGACUUUCUGGGACAGGUGGACGUCCCCUUAAAUCAGAUACCGACAGAAAAUCCUAAUACAGAAAGGCCAUACACAUUCAAGGAUUUUCUGCUUCACCCACGAAGCCACAAGUCCAGAGUCAAAGGUCACCUGCGUCUCAAAAUGACGUACUUGCCAAAAAACCCAGGCUCAGAAGAGGAAACGGCAGAACAGACUGAGGACACAGACCCUGGAUGGGAGUUUCUGGAAUCUCAGGACAUGUCAGGUCCCAGACAAAGCCAGCUGCUGCCUGCUCUGCCCCCUGGCUGGGAGGAGCGGCAGGACAACCUGGGAAGAACCUUCUUUGUCAACCAUGAGAGCAGAACCACACAGUGGCAACGACCCACAAUCCAGGAUGGCGAUGUCCAAGUGCAGAGAAGACAGAACAAUAAUAUGGAUGUGGAGCAAGCUUUUAUUACCCGCAGACAGAUCUCUGACCCAGAUGAGAACAACACACGAGAGUCUCCUGAGAGCUGGGAGAUUAUUACGGAGGACGAGUCCACCUUGUACCACAGCAAUAACCAGCUCGCAUCACCUCCACCUCAUGGGCCUGACGAGUUCCUGCCGUUCCACGACGAGCUGAGAAACACACACUUUUCUGGGGCCACAGCUGGCGAGCUGCGCGCCUCCCAGAUGAAUCAUGCUAGUAAUUCAAGUCAUUCCAGUCGCAGAGGAAGUUCCCAGUCUUCAACGGGGGAGGAACAUCCUAUUAAUCCUGUGCUCGUUCCAACCUCAGCUGGGUUGCCUCCAGGGUGGGAGGAGAAGCGAGACAGUAAAGGAAGACGCUACUUUGUUAACCACAACACUCGAUCCACUUCAUGGACACGACCCCUCAUUCAGAAGACCACAGAGACACCACCAGCAGCAGCAGCACCAGCACCAGCAGCAGCAGCAGCAGCAGCAGCAGCAGCAGCAGCACAGAGUGGUGCAGGUGUACCCCAGAGCCAGACUCCACCCUUACCACCCAUGUCCCCUGAGGACUCUCACUCUCAGCACACCCCAAGCCCCGAGGCCACCCAUGAUUCUGGCUCCUUGCCGGCUGGUUGGGAGGUUCGCAGCGCUCCCAGUGGAAGACCCUUUUUCAUUGACCACAACACAAAGACUACUACCUGGGACGAUCCCAGGCAUCUCAAGAUUCCUGUGCACAUGAGGAAGAGACCCUCACUCGACCCAUCUGAUCUCGGUCCUCUGCCGCCUGGUUGGGAAGAGAGGAUCCACACUGAUGGGAGGAUAUUCUACAUAGAUCACAACACUAAGAACACACAAUGGGAUGAUCCCAGACUGCAGAACUCAGCUAUAACCGGACCAGCAGUGCCUUAUUCCAGAGAUUAUAAACAGAAGUACGACUACUUCCGGAAGAAGCUGAAGAAACCGGCUGACAUCCCAAACCGCUUUGAGUUGAAACUGAGGCGCAAUGCAGUGCUGGAGGACUCAUACCGACGCAUCCUGUCAGUGAAGAGGGCAGACCUGCUGAAGGCACGACUGUGGGUGGAGUUUGAAGGAGAAAAAGGACUGGACUAUGGUGGUGUGGCCAGGGAGUGGUUCUUCCUCAUGUCCAAGGAGAUGUUCAACCCGUACUACGGACUGUUUGAGUAUUCUGCCACAGACAACUACACACUGCAGAUUAACCCUAACUCAGGUUUAUGUAAUGAGGACCACCUGACCUACUUCAAGUUCAUCGGGCGCGUGGCAGGCAUGGCGGUGUAUCACGGCAAACUGCUCGACGCUUUCUUCAUUCGGCCUUUCUACAAGAUGAUGCUGCAGAAGCAGAUCACUCUUCAGGACAUGGAGUCUGUUGACAGUGAAUAUUUCAACUCCUUGAAGUGGAUUUUGGACAACGACCCGACAGACUUGGAUUUGAGGUUUACGAUUGAUGAAGAGCUGUUUGGACAGACUCACCAGCAUGAACUGAAGCCGGGCGGCGCUGAUAUUGUCAUCACUAAUGACAACAAGAAGGAAUACAUCCAUCUGGUGAUGCAGUGGAGGUUUGUGAACAGGAUACAGAAGCAGAUGACUGCCUUCAAAGAGGGAUUCUUUGAGUUGAUACCCCAAGAUGUGAUCAAGAUCUUUGAUGAGAAUGAGCUCGAGCUGCUCAUGUGUGGUCUUGGAGAUGUGGAUGUGAAUGACUGGAGAGAGAACACCAAGUACAAGAACAGCUACUGCUCCAACCACGUUGUUAUGCAGUGGUUUUGGAAAACGGUGCUGUUGAUGGAUGCAGAGAAGCGAAUCAGGCUCUUACAGUUUGUGACAGGAACUUCAAGGGUCCCAAUGAAUGGCUUUGCUGAACUCUAUGGGUCCAACGGACCACAGCUGUUCACCAUCGAGCAGUGGGGAACACGUGAUAAACUCCCUCGAGCCCACACAUGCUUCAACCGACUGGACCUGCCUCCUUAUGAGUCCUUUGAGGAGCUGAGGGAGAAACUCCACAUCGCCAUUGAGAAUGCACAGGGCUUCGAUGGGGUGGAUUAGAGCUUGUGCUGACAUUACUUCAUGAUAUGGAGAAGACGUUGAUGAGAAAAACAUGCUGUGCAAGAGAUUCAUGUCUUAACCUGCCAGCUGUGUGACAGAUGAAGGACAGUCACACAACCUUCACUUUGGUCCUCUGUUGAGCCACAUGUGGAGAAAAGACAUUCAACCUGGACUGACGGGGUUAUUUAAUCACUUUUCAUCUUCUGAAGUUUACAAAGCAAAAAUGCAAAGCUGUAUACUGUAUACAAAAACAUCAAACCCUAAAAAAAAAAAAAUCAUUUCUGCUGAGAAAACGUUAUGCUCUGAUUCUCACAUCAGGUACUUUUGAGAUUUUGUCUUUACGUUGUAGUUGGUGGGAAAUAAUUUAGGUUGUGUUGCUCCUUAACUAAAUCCCUUAACUUGUUGUUGUAGGCAGCAACGUGUCUGACAUUUUUAUCGGCAAAACCUGAAUGAUCAAUUGCCAAUUCAAACUAAUUGAAAUAUAUUUUUUCCUAUCUUUUAAUUCUAUACAUAAUUAUACAUUUUUCAUUCCAUCAAACUAGAAUUACUGAUGCAAAUCCCAAACAUAUGCACCUCAAAAGCAUUAGUAGCAGAAAAUGUGCAAGUUAUAUAAAAGUUGUAGCCACUACACUUAAGGAAAGUGUAUUAUUUAAUUAUUUUAGUAGUGAUCUACCAAUAACAGGACCAGUAAAAGGCUUAACUAAUUAUACAGUAGUUUGUAACUGACUACAUGCAGUGUUAGAUUGUGCUGAAUUACUAUGCAUAAUUGUACAUAUUGACAAGUGAUCAUUGAAUAUCACCUUGUUUUUUUUUGUUAAUCAGUCAAUACAUAAAUACACUGUAAAUACAAAGUUAUAUUUGCCUUCUACAAAAUUAUAAAGCAUUUAUUGUUAAAACUGUUCACUCGACAUUGUGAAAUUGGCAAAAAACGGUUAUUGGUGAAUCUCUACAUUAAUACAUAUUUGUCUUUUAUGAUUGAUCAGUACCCACUCAUACUCAAGUUCACAAUACUAACAGUUUGUGUAUCAGAGAAAUAAACAAAUGUAUUUACACAUAGUAUCCGACAGACUAACCUUAACACACACUUUGCAUACAGUUUGUUAGAAUUUUAUUUUGUUGCCUUUUGUCAAUGAGUGAUAUUCUGUUUUCCUCUACUCAUCAUGUUUGUGUAAUUGCAGCACGGUGCUCUAUUUUUGAGUCCAACUUUAAAAAAUGUUUUGUUGGUUGUCAAAUUAUGUACAGAAUUUGUCUGUUUUCAGAUUGAGUAAUCACUUGUUAAUACCUUUGUAGGAAAGUAACUGUUCUUCAGCAGUAGUUUUAACAUUUUCUGAAUGGCAAAACGUGUUUACACUACCUGCCAUGUUUACAGGUCAUUGAUAAAAGAAGAUAUCGUGGGCUGGCUCUUGUCUCUGACAACACAAUUUUAUACCUUAUGCUUUUAUACAGUGAAGCACUUUGUUAAUAUCAAUGAGUCUUACUUCUGAACUGUCUGUAUCUUUGCCAAUCUGUCACCUGCAGACUGCUUGAAUCGCUCUUUAAGAAAAUGAAUCUUAUGCUUCAAGUGCACGUGUUUAAAUGUUUACAUGUGAACUUUGCUGAAAAUAAGCACAUUCUCGUCUUUCACUUAUAUUUAAAGUUAAAUACAGAGGCCUUCGUUUGUAAUGUAUUGUAGAUUUUGAUUGUUAAUGUUUUAAUCUCUAGAUGGAAGUACUGUUAUAGCUAUUGUCUACUGAAGAAUAAUGAAUAGAUUAACACUUAACUUCUGAUAUAUCAAAUUUUCUUAUUAUAGAAUUUAUUAAAACACCUAUAAGUGCAUUACAACAUACAUACAUGCAACAUAUAUACAACAGUUAAAAGGGUUUAAUGAACUGUAGCUGUGUAAUCCACAUUUGAUGACAUACAGCACACCAAAUUCAAUAUAGAUAUAUUUGAAAAAUAAAGAAAUAUGAAAAC